AUGCAAAUCAAGUCUUUACUUAAGGAAAUUGAACAAAGUGGUGAUGUGAUACUUUUUGUGAAAGAAGUUCAUCACUUAUUUGAUGCAGCAACAAGUGGGGCCCGCAGUUUCACAUACAUUUUGAAACAUGCCCUUGAGAGAGGUGUAAUUCAAUGCAUAUUUGCUACAACAGAGAAUGAGCACAGAAUUCACAUGGAGAAUGAUAUGACACUGAAAAGAUUAUUUCAAGCAGUUAAAGUUCUUGAACCAUCUAUUGAGGAAACCAUAGAAAUUCUUAAAGGCCUUCGCGGAACAUAUGAGACUCAUUAUAAACUUCAUUACACUGAUGAAGCUCUUGUUGCUGCUGCAAAUUUGUCUCAGCAAUAUGUAAGUGAUCGUUUCUUACCUGAUAAGGCAAUUGACUUGAUUGAUGAAGCUGGAUCUCAUGUUCAACUUUGUCAUGCAAAGAACAAAAAGAAGGGUAAUGUCUCUAUUCCAAGUGUGAAAAAGCAUGAUAUUCAACAUGUUGUUUCAUCUUGGAUUGGAGUACCAGUCAGUGAUGUAUCAAAGGAAGAAGGUGAGAGCCUACUCAAUUUGGAAGUCAUGCUUCACAAACAUGUCAUUGGUCAGAAUGAAGCAAUCAGCACCAUCUGCCGAGCGAUCCGCCGCGCUCGAGUCGGGCUUAGAAACUGCAGAAGGCCUAUUGCAAGCUUUAUGUUCACUGGUCCUUCAGGUGUAGGUAAAACUGAAUUAGCCAAUGCAUUAGCUACAAACUAUUUUGGAUCAAAAGACUCAUUGAUAAGAUUAGAUAUGAGUGAGUACAUGGAUAGUUACAAUGCAGCAAGAUUAAUUGGAGCACCUCCUGGUUACAUUGGUUUUGAUGAAGGUGGUCAAUUAACAGAAUCCAUUAGGAAAAAAUCUCAUGCAGUUUUGUUAUUUGAUGAGAUUGAAAAAGCACAUUCAGAUGUGUUUAACUUAAUGCUUCAAAUUCUUGAUGAUGGAAGAUUAACUGAUGGAAAAGGUCAAACAGUUGACUUCAAAAGUACACUCAUCAUAAUGACAAGUAAUCUAGGUAACAGCAUCAUUGAAGGAAUGAUUGAUAAUAAGGAAAAUAGUUCUUCAUUUGAUCAUAAAAAGAACCUUGUUAUGGAAGAACUAAAGCAUCAUUUUAGACCAGAGUUUUUGAAUAGACUUGAUGAGAUAAUUGUUUUUAAGGAACUAACAAAGAAGGAAGUUGAAGAGAUUGUCAACAUAAUGUUAAGGGAAGUUUGUCAAAAGUUGAUGGUCAAAGAGAUACAUCUUUCUUUGACUUGUAGGUUUAGGGAACAUGUGAUACAACAUGGUUAUAAUCCUAGUUAUGGUGCUAGGCCAUUAAGAAGGACUAUUGCAAAGUUUUUGGAAGACACAUUGGCAGAAAAUAUGCUAAGGAAAGAAAUUAAGGAAGGAGACUCAAUUAUUGUUGAUGUUAAUGUUGAGGGAAAUGUUGUUGUGAUAAAUCAGAAAAAUGUUAAAAGGGAAGAAUAUCAUUUUACAAGUUUUGUUGAUUCAGUUGGUAAUUUUUUGGCAGAUGAAAAGAGAAAAGAUGUGGUUAGUGGUAUCUCAUGUAAUUUGGUAGGAAAAAUGUUGGACAUUUUGGGACAUAGAAAAAGUCCUUAAGUAUAUUAUGAAUUGCAUUAUUUUGUCUAUUUAUUUUUUGAAAGCAAGAUUUUUCAUUUUUGGCAAAUUCCAAUGCCCCAA